GUCUCCCCGUCCUGGUCCGCUCCCAGUGUCUCUGUUAGUGUCUCAGUCUCUCGGUCUCCCGGUGAAUGUCUCUGUUAGUGUCUCUUUUUCGGUGUCUUUCAGUCAGUGUCGGUGUUUGGGCUCUCUGUUGGUCCGUCGGUCCUCAGAGGAUUUAGAGAUCACCUGCGGCUGUAGAAACGGUUUUUCGCGCCUGUAAAUGAUCAGACUUCACCUGCUGGAUUUCUCGUAAACUGGGCUGCCGCUGCAGUUUGGCGUUAACUGCAAACUCUUGGUGGACAAUGUGGAUUUUCGGGUUUUUUAGAGUUGAAAGCGCGUGAGCUCGUGCCGGGACGCCGACAGGUGAGCGCUGGAGUUGGGCUCAGAGUCUCGGAGAGUUUUCGGUCCGUUUCCAACAUUUAGGAUGUUAAAGGUUUUUCCGGAGCUUCAUCAGGAAACUCGGCGGUGAAAAGUCCACCGACAUUUCACCGAAUUCAUUUUCAAACGCGCGCGGGAUCCGAACCGGUUCUGUUUGUUUUCCAUCAAAGGAGCGAAGAGCGGACCGAUCGGACAGAUCGGACCGAACGGUUCGUAUCUCAGGAACACGACUCGGUGCCGGGGAGGGCACGCGCCAUGCACGGCUGGUUAGCGGCCCCACCGGCAGCGCCUCUCCCGUUUCAGAUCAGCGAAACUUCCGAAGAGCAUGAAGGGGGACGGACAGAGCCGCUGAGUUAACAGGGAUAAAUUAUUCAGCGGCGGCGGAAGUGGACAGCCGGCUGAAUUGGAGGAUGGCUCAUCGGAGGGAGGGUGCCUCUGUCCUGCUGGUCCUGCUGGUCCUGCUGGUUCUGCUAUACCUGCAGCUGGUCACAGGGAGAUCAUCUCAACACCGCAGCUUAAGACGUCAAACUCGCGGGCACCGUGAACCCCGGGUGCACCAGAACAUCACGCUGGCCAUUAUUUUACCACAGAGCAACACAGAUUACCCAUGGGCUUGGCCUCGCAUCGGUCCGGCCCUGGUGCGAGCCGUCAGAACCGUCAACGCCGACCCUGCCCUGCUCCCUGACCACCGCCUCGUCUAUGCCUUCAAGAACAGCGAAGACAAGGACGGCAUCUGUUCCGAGUCCAUCGCCCCGCUCAUGGCUGUGGACCUUAAAUUUGCGUAUGACCCCUGGGCUUUCAUCGGGCCUGGCUGCUCCUACACCGCCUCCCCUGUUGGUCUCUUCACCACACACUGGGAUGUUCCCAUGGUAACAGCGGGCGCACCUGCAGUCGCCUUUUACGGUGGAGUCUAUCCGUCCAUCACCAACACAGGCCCCACCCACAAGAAGCUGGGCAAGUUCGCCCUGCGGAUCUGCGAGCACUUUGGGUGGCAGGAGCAUGUGAUGCUCAUGUUCAGCGAUAACAAGGUGGACGAUCGGCCAUGUUACUUUGCCGUGGAGGGUUUGUACACGGAGCUGAAGAGCAUCAACAUCACCAUUGUCGACAGAGUGUUUGAAGAAAACAAGCCGGUCAACUUCUCCCAGAUCAUCUCCGACAUUCACCAGGAUGGCCGAGUGAUGUUUGUCUGCUGCUCACCCGACAUCUUCAGGAAGUUGAUGGUUGAGUUUCGGCAGGCAGAUCUUCCUCACGAGCAAUAUGUCUUCUUCUACAUCGACGUGUUUGGGGACAGUCUGAACUCCAAACGUGGACAGCCGUGGGCCCGAGGGGACCAGGAUGACGCCGUGGCCAGAGAGGCCUUCCAGAGCGUGAAGAUCCUGACAUACCGAGAGCCACAGAAUCCCGAGUACCGAGAGUUCGUCACCAACCUGAAGACCGACGCCAAGACGAUAUUCAACUACACCGUCAACGACUCUCUGAUGAACAUCAUAGCCGGAGGAUUUUACGACGGUCUGAUGCUCUACGCUCAUGCUCUGAACGAGACACUGUCCAUGUCCGCCGACCGGCCUCCGGGCAGAGUUGUCACCAGGAAGAUGUGGAAUCGAACCUUCCACGGUGUUACAGGACUCGUCCAUCUGGACGAGAACGGAGACAGAGAGACGGACUUUGCUCUAUGGGACAUGAUGGACACCAACAUCAGCACCUUCCAGAUCGUUCUGGUGUACAACAGCUCCGAGGAGCAGCUGACGGCCAGACCUGGAGUCUCGCUGCAGUGGCCUGGCGGAGUCCAUCCCCCUGAUGUCCCUGUCUGUGGCUUCAAGAAUGACAACCCCGUCUGCCUGGCCAAGACCGUCACCAUCCAUCAGAUGGUUUUCAUCGUGGUCGUCUUCAUCUUCACCAUGACGCUCACCAUCGCCAUCUUCAUCUACAGGAGGAUGAAGUUGGAGAGGGAGCUGGUAGCUCAGCUCUGGAGGAUUUCUUGGGACGACAUCCAGAUGAGCAACGUGGACAAAGUGCUGCGGAGCGGCAGCAGGAUCACACUGUCCCUGAGAGGCUCUAACUACGGCUCCCUGAUGACUGCUGAUGGAAACUUGCAGGUUUUUGCGAAGACGGGUUACUAUAAGGGAAACAUCGCAGCCAUCAAGUACACCAACAGGAAACGCAUCGAGCUCAACAGGAAGGUUCUGUUCGAACUCAAACACAUGCGAGACGUUCAGAACGAACACCUGACGAGGUUCAUCGGAGCGUGCAUCGACCCUCCAAACACCUGCAUCAUCACAGAGUACUGUCCCCGAGGAAGCCUGCAGGACAUCUUGGAGAAUGACAGCAUCACUCUGGACUGGAUGUUUAAAUAUUCUCUCAUCAACGACAUCGUCAAGGGCAUGGUGUUCCUCCACAACAGCGUCAUCGUCUCUCAUGGGAAACUCAAGUCGUCCAACUGUGUGGUGGACAACCGCUUUGUCCUGAAGAUUACAGACUAUGGUCUGUCCAGCUUUCAGUCUGAGAGCAACUCAGGAAAAGAUGCUCAUGCCUACUAUGCCCAGAGGCUGUGGAUGGCUCCGGAGCUGCUCCGGAUGGAGUCUCCUCCUCCUCAGGGGACACAGAAAGGAGAUGUCUACAGCUUCGGCAUCAUCCUGCAGGAGGUGGCGCUGCGUCGAGGAGCCUUUUACCUGGACGGAGACCCCCUCAGCCCCAAAGAGAUCGUGGACCGGGUGAUCCUGGGCGAGUGGCCCUGCCUCAGACCCACUGUGGACCCUCAGAGCCACAGUCCCGAGCUGGGUCAGCUGAUGCAGCGCUGCUGGGCUGAGGAGCCCACCGAGAGGCCGGAGUUCAACCAGAUCCGCCUGCUGCUGCGCAAACAGAACAAGGAGUCGAGGACCAACAUCCUGGACAACCUUCUGUCCCGUAUGGAGCAGUACGCCAACAACCUCGAGGAGCUGGUGGAGGAACGAACGCAGGCGUACCACGAGGAGAAACGCAAGGCUGAAGCGCUGCUCUACCAGAUACUACCACAUUCAGUGGCGGAGCAGUUGAAACGAGGAGAGACGGUUCAGGCUGAGGCUUUUGACUCCGUCACUAUCUACUUCAGUGACAUCGUUGGUUUCACAGCGCUCUCUGCAGAGAGCACGCCCAUGGAGGUGGUGACUCUGCUGAAUGACCUCUACACGUGCUUCGAUGCCAUCAUUGACAACUUUGAUGUUUACAAGGUGGAGACCAUCGGCGAUGCCUACAUGGUGGUGUCCGGGCUGCCAGUGAGGAAUGGGAAGCUGCACGGCAGAGAGAUCGCUCGCAUGGCACUCGCCCUGCUGGACGCCGUCCGAUCCUUCAAGAUCCGCCACAGACCAGAGCAGCAGCUGAAGCUGAGGAUAGGAAUACACAGCGGUCCUGUGUGUGCGGGCGUGGUCGGUCUGAAGAUGCCUCGUUACUGUCUGUUUGGGGACACCGUCAACACGUCGUCACGUAUGGAGUCCAGCGGAGAAGCACUGAAGAUCCACGUCUCUGCAGCAACUCGAGACGUCCUGCUGGACUUCAACUGCUUCCAGCUGCAGCUGAGAGGAGACAUCGAGGUCAAAGGGAAAGGACAGAUGACCACCUAUUGGCUGCUGGGAGAGAGCCUCAGCCAAUGACAGGACAGAGGACAGAGAGGUGGACAGACAGAGGACACACAGUAGGACUGCGAGGAGGACUGGCAGAGGACAGAAA